CAGGGAAGGUUACGAACAUAUCUCCAGAAACCUAUUGUGGCUAUGUUGGAAUGGUUUCCCAUUGAAAUGUUUGCCGUCAAACCUGCAUAUGGAGAAUUUAGUUACUCAUGACUUGCGCUAUAGUGGCCUGUAAAAAGCGUGGAAUGGAACCAAGAUCUUGGUCAAACUGAAAUUCCUUUACCUAAGUAAUUGCUAUCACCUGAUUGAAACCCCUGACUUCUCUGGACUCAACAAUCUUGAGGAACUGUUUCUUAAUGAUUGCAUAAGGUUGGUAGAGGUUGAUGAAUCUAUUAGAUUACUCAACAAACUUCUUGUCCUAGAUAUGAGGAACUGUAAAAAACUUCAGAAGGUUCCCUCAAACAUUUGGAUGUUGAAAUCUCUCGAAAGUCUUGAUCUCUCUGGCUGCUCCAUGCUUAGAAAAUUUUCUGGACUCAAAGGAUCACCAUCUAAAUCACAGUCCUCAUUCCUCUCAUCUUGGAAUUUCAGAACGAAGAGAGUGGAUUCUAUUGGUUUGUCACUUCCCCCAGUACUUGGCUUAACUUGGUUAAAAGAUUUGAGGAUGGAAAACUGCAAUCUAUCAUGUCUACCAAAUGAAGUCGGGAAUUUGAUCUCGUUGGAGACUCUGGAUCUUAGCGGAAACAAUUUGCCCAGCUUACCAGAUAACAUCUGCGACCUUACUCGCUUAAAGAGUUUGAAUUUGUCAAACUGUGAUGUGUCGCAUCUGCCGGGCGAAAUUGGGCGGUUGAUCUCAUUGAAAACGUUGUAUCUGGGAGGAAACAAUUUACUUACCUUGCCAGAUAGUUUCUGUGACCUUGCUUGCUUGAGCGACUUGGAUUUGAAAGACUGCAAUUUGUCCCAUCUGCCCGACCGAAUUGGAAUGUUGAGCUCAUUAAUGAAUUUGUAUCUUGAAAGGAACAAUGUUUGUAGCCUACCAAAUAGUUUCAGUGACCUUGCUAGCUUGGAAAAGCUCUCCUUGCGUUAUUGUGGAAGGCUCCAAUCACUUCCAGAGCUUCCAGCUAGCUUGGAAAUGCUCCUCUUGAGGAACUGUGGAAGGCUCCAAUCACUUCCAGAGCUUCCAGUAAGUUUACGCUCUAUGGAUGCAAGCUACUGCGCAUUACUAGAAAGCAUACCUACUGAGUUGGACUGGCAAGCCGGAGGACUGACUAUGUCCCUUCUGGGAUGCAAUACGUUUGCUACGAACAAUUUUGCAAAUAAGGUUAUGGAAAGAAUGGACCAGUCUCUCUCUCAGGAUAAAAGAAACGGGGAAUGGUCUGCUGCGUCUGCAUUCGAGCGAAUUAUCACUAUUACUCUUCUAGGGGAUGAGGUUCCCAAUUGGUUCCAAUACCAGUAUACAGGGUCAAAAUUCUCUCUUGUGGUGCCGCCUCUGGUAACUCGGCGAAUACUGAGCUGCUCUUUUUGCGUAGUUUUCAGGACUCACGAAAAUCGUGAAUGUGUAGAUUAUCUAAUAUCGAUUAUCCGUAACACAAAGUUCAUUUUCUCGACUUUCAAUGCACAUCAAGAUCAAGAUCAGAUGAUACUCGUUUAUGUCCCGUCAGAUUGCGGACAAAUACAUGGCGGGGAUGAAUUGGAGAUUCAGAUAUCACAGGUGCCGUGGUUGACAGUGAAGAAGUGUGGGAUUAAUCUCAUUUAUGAGAAUGAUGAGGACAAUACAGAGAUGCCGAUCAAAAAUACACAAGAAAAAUUACAGGGACAAAAUGAUUUAGUAUAAGUUUGGUACAAGGGACCAACGUUUUCUUGCAGGUCUUUUUGUAUAAUGUCGUAGGAUUGUCCCCUUUUUCCUACUCUUAAUAAUAAGAACUGGUUUGAGGGAUGCCAUGUUUUGCUCGAUUUUUCCAAUUAAGUCCUUUGAUUGGGCAGCCUCAAGGCUGGAGGUUGAGGGUAAUUACGUCCAUUUGCUUGCUUCUAUUUUCGUAAUUACGAGUGUUUUGGAGGGCAAUUGAAAGUGUACCAUUCCUGUGGGAGUGCACUCGUUCUUCUCACGUCCAAGUAUUUCUUGCCAACUUUACUCUCCCUCCCUUCCCGAAGUUACACACCGCUGCAACAUCUCUCUGAUCAUCCUCUCUCUCUCUCUCUCUCUCUCUCUCUCUCUCUGUGGAAGCUUCAAAGACCAUCUGCGAAUUAGAGAUCCAACUGGGCAUCUUACGUAUGAAUUCAAGCUCCGGUCUCUUGCCCUGUCUCCAUAAAGGAAGAAGAUCUCAUCCCCUCCGUGCGUUGAACUUUGAAGAACGAAGAUCGUCAACGCUUUGAUCGUCGAUUCAUGGGUAAUCUCUCUCGGCCUUUCAACCUUCUGUUCAAAGUGUUUUUUAGGGUUAUCUCUCUUAGUCACUGAAAGUAAUUGUUUGUGUAAGCAUUUUCUGUGCGAUUGAGUUAGCUAUGCAAGUGCAAAAAAUUUCAAGUUUGUUGUCGCUCAAAAUUACUUUCUUCAAGCAACAGAGGUUGAUUUACAGAGGCAGGAUUUUGGAGGACAACCAAACCCUAGAUAGCUAAGGACUACUGUUUGGCUUGAUUUAAUUUUAAAGCAUUUUGCCACUGUGUGUUUGUUAGGAUUUUGUGCUUUUGUGUUUUUUUUUUUGUUUGCUUUUUGGGGUGCAUUUGUCCUUUUGUGUAUAUGAUGUGUGUUUUUUUAAAAGGAAGGGAAAAUAUGGCUUCAAUCUACUGGAGAUGGUUUUGAUUGUGCAUAUUAUUGGGGCGUUUUGAUGUUCCUGACAUUUGGAAGAAGAAGGAGUUUGUGGUUGUAUGCAUGUGUUUGGAUCUUAUAUAUAAAUGCAAGUAGAUUCUUUCCCUUGCGCUAUUCUGGAUCGUUGGGUUUUCAAGAUCUUUUGGAGAUGGUUUUGUAUAUGAUGUGUAGAUUUUUUUUUUGGAGGAAGGAAAAAUAUGGCUUUCACAACACAUGGAGCUCAAUAUCACACGAUAAGGCCGAAAAAUGGUUUUGAAAAUUGAUUGGGGUAUCAAGAGAUGAAUGAUAGCUAGCUUGUGUUUAUCCGAGGGACAUCUUUAAGCUGCACCUCAGGUGAUGCUAUCAUUAUCGCUUUUGAAAUAUAGAAAGACGAUAGUAUGUCUUCUAAAGAUUAAGUGUAUAUCCUAUCAAAAACUACAUGAAAUUCAUUAACCGAAUAGGGUUUUUUUUUGUUUCCUGUGAUUUUUUUAAGUUUUAGGCGGACAUGGCGAAGAAGGAUUCUGAUUUCAUCGAGUUGCUCGAGAGCGAGCUCAGAAGUUCAAAAGGAUUGUUAAUAGAGAAAGAGGAAGAGUACAUCAUCGUCAAUGUCAUGCUGCAUUUAAGUUUUGGGCCUAGGUACCCAUGGUAUUGUUUUUAUUUAUUGCUAUAGAAACUAUUGAAAUUCUAAUGCUUUUCAGAAUCAUUAGGAGGCUCUCUUUUCUAACAUCCAAGUUUUUUGUAGUUGCCAACCGAUUUGGACGCAAAUAGCCAUCAGUCUUUAAGUGAAUAAGUCUUGACUUUCCAGAUCACCCUUUGCUAGGUGGAACCAUCAAUUGGGUUAACACGACUCAUCAACACUUGCCAAAUGUGUGGCCCAACCGUGGGUUGAAUAGCUCAUGUGUCUUGCGAUGCUCUCAACUAAUUUUUAGCGGUGUCCAAUCGGGGCUCUAAAAGCUCAUCACUCUUGCACUAUUUUGUUUUACAGUUACAUCAUUAGUCGUGGGAUUAAAUGUCAAAUCAUCUACAUAUUCACUCUGUCAUUUUGAUGAACUCCAGGAGCCUAUGAGUUAUGACUACGAUUAACUCCAUAUCCAUUUCAGUGGCAGUUGAAUAUCUACAACUUUAAAGAGCACAUACUU